CGAAAAAUUGAAAAAAAGUUGGUCAAGCUAUUUUUAAAAACAUAAUUAGAUAUAUUUAUUUUAUUGGCUAAAAUAGAACUUUGAGCUAUUAUUACAAAGCUAAUAGUUAUUGAUAUUUAUUAUUUUUAAAUUAUAUUAUUAAAAAGUUUUAGUAAUUAAUAUAACGGUAUAAAAUAUUAUUACAAAGUUAAUAGUUUUGACUGAUUUAUUAUGCUGGGUACGUAAAAAAAAGUACUUGUUAUGUUAAACAGUUUCUAACACUCGUUAAGAAGCAUUUAUAAUGGCUGAUACGACGUUAAUAACGACGGAUUUUUAUUAUGUAACAUUUUAUAUUUUGCGUCAUGUAAUUAUUUACAAGCUCACAAAGUCUGUUUUCAGUUUCUCUUAUACGCCAUCAAAAUAAGCUUUGUGAGAAGUUUUCAAGUUUCAAAUCUGGUUAUCAAGCAAAACAAGUAAUUUAGAUGAAGAUUACCUAUAAAUACUCGAGUUCGACUCGGAGUCUGUACAGAUCUUCAGUACAGUGCGAGAUACACAUACCUAAAGAUGCAAUCCCAGCUACUCCUUGCCUUUGGCCUUGUGGCCCUCUUGGCGGUUGCUUACGGCGCAACCAAUUCAACAGAUCCAUCCUCGCCCACUACCCCAUCAGACCCAUCCUCGUCUUCCAGCACAUCUGAUCCUUCUGCUUCCACGUCGGACCCAAGCAGUUCCUCGACUUCUUCAGAUCCUUCGUCUUCCUCGACUUCUUCAGAUCCUUCAACCUCCUCGACUUCGAGCAGCACCCCAAGUUCAUCAACCAGUAGCUCCACAGACAGUGACACCUCUUCCUCGACCUCCAGCGAGGAGGUGGACAAGCUCAAGGAAAAGAUUCGCAGGCUUCGCAGGCUGAGGCGCCAGGAGCUACGCCGGGAGAGACGCCAGGAGCUCCGCCGGGAGAGACGCCAGGAGCUUCGUGAGGAGAGGCAGCAGGAGAGGCGCGAGGAGACGCGUGCGGAAAGGAGGCGUAACCGUCGGGGAUAAGUGCUCCAAUAAAGACUCACGGAAAGGUUUACUCGGAUGUAAAAUUUGGAAUUAAAUUGUGAAGGAAUUUAAAUAAAAUGUAUUUACCGAGAA